CGUCACGGGAGGGAAACUCACGAAGCCUCCCCCCUCACUUGACGCCGCCAAAUUUCAUCCUCCUCCAUCCACAACCACCAUCGGCCGGCGGCCGCCAUCCCCUUUAUCACCGCCGCCGUCGAAACCUCUUCUCACGGACAUAACAGGAGGCUCUUUCCCGUGCCCUCCUCCUCACGCCAACUCGCGCAAGGAAAGAAAACCAAGCUUCUUCAUCCCGGCGGUCACCAUUCACCUCUCCCGUUUGGGAGAGGUUACAUCCGACGACGUAUCCUCCUGAUCACCCUCUCCCGAUCGGGAGAGGCUCCCUCAUCUCCCCUUCCUCUCCCGAUCGGGAGAGGCUCCCUCAUCUGCCCUUCCUCUCCCGAUUGGAAGAGGAGGAUCCCUCUUCCAUCCGACGCCCAUUCUUCUCGCAGGAGCCACCACCAUCUCCUUCCUCUCCUGAUUGGGAGAGGAACCGCCGGCCACAUCCACUGCCGGAGCCACUCCUUCAUCUUCCUCUCCCGAUUCUUCAUCGGGAGCUCUCGGAUUCGGGACUCCUCUUUCAUCUCCUUCCUCUCUUGAUUGGGAGAGGUUUACACCAUCCAUCUUCUCCAGCCAAGCUACCUCCCUUCGGUUUCGAAGGACAUGGCGGAGGCGAGAGAGACGGAAGAGAUCGAGAAAGGUGAGGAAUUGGAAGCGGCCCCGGAAACAGGAGCCGCAGAGUGGAAGCGAGUCCCGCCAUGGCAGAAGCAAAUAACCGUGCGCGGUCUGUUGGCGAGCGCCUGUAUCGGGGCAAUGUACAGUGUGAUCGUCAUGAAGCUUAACCUCACAACGGGGCUGGUGCCGACGCUCAACGUCUCGGCGGCGCUUCUCGCCUUCGUCAUCCUCCGGUCGUGGACCAAGCUGAUGGGCAAAGUCGGCGUCCUCACCACACCCUUCACGCGCCAGGAGAACACCGUGGUGCAGACCUGCGCCGUCGCUUGUUAUAGCAUUGCCGUCGGAGGUGGAUUUGGAUCGUAUCUGUUGGGUUUGAACAAGAAGACCUACGAGCAAGCAGGUGUGGAUACAGAGGGCAAUGUUCCAGGGAGCUACAAAGAGCCUGGGAUCGGUUGGAUGACCGGGUUUCUUGUCACUGUUAGCUUCGUUGGAUUGCUUGCCUUGGUUCCUCUCAGAAAGGUCAUGAUCAUUGACUACAAGCUUACUUAUCCAAGUGGAACAGCGACUGCCGUCCUCAUCAAUGGCUUCCACACGCCUCAGGGAGACGAGUUGGCCAAGAAACAGGUUCGUGGAUUUGCAAAAUAUUUCACACUGAGCUUCUUGUGGAGCUUCUUCCAAUGGUUCUACUCGGGAGGUGAUGGUUGUGGAUUCUCACAGUUCCCUACCUUCGGCCUCAAAGCCUGGAAACAAACGUUUUUCUUCGAUUUUAGCCUGACAUACGUGGGAGCUGGCAUGAUAUGUUCCCAUAUUGUGAACCUUUCUCUCAUGCUCGGAGCAGUACUGUCGUGGGGAAUAAUGUGGCCACUGAUAAGUGAACUCAGAGGCGACUGGUUCUCUGCUAGCAUACCGCAGAGUAGCAUGAGAAGCUUGCAAGGUUACAAGGUCUUCAUCUCCAUCGCCCUUAUCCUUGGAGACGGGCUCUAUAAUUUCCUAAAGAUUUUAGCUUUCACUGCAAGAAGCGUGCAUGCCAGAGCAUCGCUCAGGAUCAAGCAAGACCAGGAGAACAUGGUGAUGGACGAUCUUCAGCGCAACGAGGUGUUCAACAGAGGGACCAUUCCUGUGUGGUUGGCCUACACCGGCUACGCGAUCUUCGCCCUGGUCUCUGCCGUGGCGAUCCCCAUCAUGUUCCGAGAGGUGAGGUGGUAUUAUGUGGUUAUCGCCUACAUACUCGCGCCCGCGCUCGGCUUCUGCAACGCCUACGGCGCCGGCCUCACCGACAUGAACAUGGCCUACAACUACGGCAAGGUCUCCCUCUUCAUCCUGGCAGCGUGGGCUGGGAAGGACACGGGCGUGGUGGCCGGUCUUGUGGGCUGCGGCCUCAUAAAGUCCGUCGUCUCCAUCUCCGCUGAUCUAAUGCACGACUUCAAGACCGGGCAUCUGACCAUGACCUCGCCGCGGUCGAUGCUGGUGAGCCAGGCCAUAGGAACCGCUAUGGGCUGCGUCAUCGCCCCCCUGACUUUCUUCCUCUUCUAUAAGGCCUUCGACGUGGGGAAUCCGGAGGGCAGUUGGAAGGCCCCGUACGCUUUGAUCUACCGAAACAUGGCGAUUUUGGGAGUGGAGGGCUUCUCGGCGUUGCCUCGCCACUGCUUGCAGCUUUGUUAUGGUUUCUUCGGCUUCGCAGUCGCAGCGAACGUGAUCAGAGAUGUGUUUCCUGGCAAGUACGGGCGGUGGGUUCCCUUGCCGAUGGCCAUGGCGGUGCCGUUCCUGGUGGGAGCCAACUUCGCCGUCGACAUGUGUGUAGGCAGCUUGAUAGUCGUCGCUUGCCAUAAGAUUGACGGGAAGAAGGCGGCUUUGAUGGUGCCUGCGGUUGCGUCUGGCCUAAUCUGCGGGGAUGGAUUGUGGAUUCUUCCCUCCUCAUUUCUCGCUCUCGCCAAAGUCAAACCUCCUAUUUGCAUGAACUUUUCAGCUGCUUAACUACCAGUACCGGUACAUGUACAGAUAUUUGAGCAAGCCAACCAUGUCCAUCGGAGGAAAUUGAUACUGUGGCGGCCGGUCUUUCAAAAUAAUAUAAUUGUUGGGCAGCGCGAGUGCAAGGAUAUAUAAUUUACAAAAGGUAGUCAGAAAUUUCGAAAUAGGCAAUAAUUAUAAACACGAGCUGAUAAAAGAUCA